ACUAAAGAAGAGAACAAAAGGUUUGAAAGAGCUCUAGCGAUGUACGACGAGAAAACUCCUGACCGGUGGCUAAAAGUGACGGCCAUGAUUCCUGGGAAGUCAGUCUAUGAUGUGAUGAGGUGGUACAAGGAACUGGAAGCAGAUGUUAGUAACAUAGAAGCCGGUCGGGUUCCAUUUCCGGGGUACGUCACUUCCUCUGUCACAUUGGAGAUGGUGGAUAAUCACGGGUUUGAUGGGUUUAGAAAGAGGCCGUUGACAGGUCGAUCCUCAGAUCAGCAGAGGAAGAAAGGGGUACCUUGGACAGAAGAUGAGCACAGGCGGUUUCUGAUGGGGCUGCAAAAGCAUGGUAAGGGAGACUGGAGAAAUAUAUCGAGGAAUUUUGUGAAGUCUAAGACACCAACUCAAGUGGCAAGCCAUGCUCAGAUGUGGAGAGGUCCGGCGGACGGCCAAAGCGAGACUGCCGCCCGCCGGUGAAGCAGAAUGGUUAAGUUGUUAACCUUGCUCUGAUACCAUGUAAGAAUUUAUGUAUUUAUUGAUUGAUGAGUUUAUGAUUGAU